CAAGAUUGGGACAGGAUGCUUCCGUAUGUACGUCUAGCUUUGAACACGUCAGUACAUAGGAGCGUUAAUCAGACUCCUCUGUAUCUUCUCACAGGGAGAGACGGUUAUUUCCCUGCCAACCUAACUAAUUUCCAGGAAGCAGACGAAGAUGCCGCCAGGAUGUUGAGAGAGGGACUCCGUGAAGCCCGCGAUGCUGCAAUACAAAGUAUGCGGAGCGCCAAGGAAAGGUGGGCUCGGGAUUAUGAUAAGAAAGUCCGGUCAAGAUUUCGGCCACAGGUGGGAGAGCUGGUGUUAGUCAAGAUCAUUCGCCCGAUUCGGCCACGUCGUAUAGCAGCACUGGCGCCAAGGUGGAGUGGACCGGUGAGAGUCAUCAAGCAGAUCGGGCCAGUUAAUUACGUCGUACAGGACCCCUAUACGCCGCAUCAGGAGCUAAAAUGCCACAUCAACCAGUUGAGAAGAUACGUGCCACGAGAAGAAUCCAGUGAUGCAGAACCACAACAGAGGCCCGAAGAGGAGGAAGACGACCCAGAUCAACCGACCGAGGAUGAAAGUGAUCGACUUCAGUUCGAGGAUGGAGAAGAUUUGGCAGACCCCGAAGUCCCAGGCCCGAGUUCGAGAUAUGACCGACCAGACGAGGAAGAUGAGUCGGUCCUGGAAAGUGCUUCGUCGCAGAAAAUAUCCACUUCAGUAACGCAGAAUAUUGGCAGCAGUAAAUGAUAAGCAACUCUUUUUCACGUCAACCAGGGGUUGCCGCGCUUGUAGGGGGAGGAGUUGUAGUGAUUGACCUCGUCGAUCAUUGGUCAUCACUUCAGGAG